GAACCCUAAACCUACAGAAGUACAGGCUAAUCGGAUCAAAAUUCAAAAAAUUCCUCUUAUUUAUUGUUGUUAGUUUCUUUUUUUCUUUUCCAAUUUCCCUAUAUAUCCGAGUGUACACAAUUUUCCACAAAAAAAUAUUCCACACAAAAAAUCACACUCCCAAAUUUCUGAAAUUGAAACCGCCAUCUCACAAAAUAUUUGGCAUUACAUUUCGUUUUUGAAUCCUUCAGAAAGCCCACAGCCCGUUGUCGAAUUUAUCUUCAAUCGCCGAAAAGCAGAGAGCGGCAGGGUUUCAUUGUGAUUUGGGUUUUGGGGAGAGUGUGAGUGCAAAGGAGAUGAACGCCCACAAGUUCCAAAUCUUCGACUCUGUUCCUGCCUAGUGCGUCAAGACAAGCGAGUUGAGUUCUCUCAUGGCAAAGCGCGUGUACGAAGUGUGGAAAGGAAGUAAUAAGUUCAUCCUCGGUGGAAGGUUGAUAUUUGGGCCAGAUGCCAAGUCACUGCUUGUCACAUUAUUGUUGAUCAUUGCUCCGGUUGUGAUCUUUUGUGUAUUUGUUGCAUGGCAUCUCCGGCAUGAGUUUUCAUCAUAUAAUGCAGGAUAUGCAAUACUAGUGGUAGCAAUUGUAUUUACUAUCUAUGUGUUGGUGCUUCUUUUUCUUACUUCAGCACGGGACCCUGGGAUUAUUCCACGAAAUGCACAUCCACCGGAGGAAGAGUUUCGUUAUGACCCUUCAGUGUCUACUGAUGUUGGUGGAAGACAAGUGGCUGCUAAUGCUGUGGAAGACAGACUCCAAGCCUUCACUUGUAUGCUAUAUCGUCCGCCUCGUUGCUCCCAUUGUUCUAUUUGCAACAAUUGUGUGGAACGCUUUGAUCACCACUGCCCUUGGGUGGGCCAAUGCAUUGGACAGUGCAAUUAUCGUUAUUUCUUUCUCUUCGUUUCUUCUGCAACACUUCUCUGCAUCUACGUAUUCUCGCUAUCAGCUUUAUACAUCAAAAUUCUGAUGGACGAUUAUCACGGGACAGUUUGGAAGGCAAUGAAAGAAUCUCCUGCAUCUGUGAUACUAAUGGCCUAUUGUUUCAUUUCUCUUUGGUUUGUUGGUGGACUAACUGGCUUCCAUUUGUACCUUAUAGGUACCAACCAGACUACAUAUGAAAACUUCAGGUACCGAGCUGACAACAGGAUCAAUGUUUACAACCGGGGUUGCUUAAAUAACUUUCUUGAAGUAUUUUGCACAGAAUUAAAACCCUCAAGGAAUAACUUUCGGGCUUUCGUUGAAGAGGAGUUACAAAGGCCUCCCCCUUUGCCCACUGCACGGGAAAUAGAAUCAGAUGAAUUGGGUGGGGAUCCACGUUCAAAGGUUGAGGAUGAUUUAGAUAUUGGUGAAGAUCUGUUGAAGAUCUCGCAGCGUCGUAACAUUGAAGAAAUUGAUGAGGACAUACGCAGUAGAGGGAGCAACGGACCUCCUCAUAAUACCUCAGAGGUCGACUCUGCUUUGGGUUCAGAUCACCGGGCUCCCACCAUUCGAUCUGAUGCGCGUCACUCUAGUUGGGGAAGGAGAAGUGGGAGCUGGGAAAUUGCACCAGAGGUCAUUGGUAACACGAAUGUCACUGAAGGUAGAGGUCAUGUCACUUCGAAGGAUGUGGUUCAAUGAUGGGGCUAGUUUGAAUUAUUGAUCUUAAGAUAGCGUGCGUUUUGAUGAUCUGUGAUUAUUGGAUGUUCAUUUCCAGGUUGGGAAGGAAAUGCCGUUGACCAGAAACUCGCAAUUAUGUCAAGGGAGUUGAAUGUAUUCCCUUCAGGUGUAAAACAUAUGUGACCUUCUUUUGUGGGAAUGCUUGUUUAUGAUUUCCUUCCUAAUAGAAUAGGAAUGUGUUUGUAAUUGUUUGGGAAUGAAGGGGAAAGCGUCUUUGCCAUUUUUCGUAAAUUAAUAUUUUUUUUCCUUCUCCUUAGAAUUAUGUAACUAUUUGCGAUGGUGAAUCCAAUUUGGUAUAAUGGCCUUAUUCUUUUGUGUAAAA